ACAUGACCGGGAAGUGUUAUGUUGAGUCUCACCCAUAAUAUUUGUAGCUUACAUGGGUCGUUUGUAUAAACAAAACGGAUCAGUAUAGCGUUUUUGGGGAAUUGUAAGCUAUGUCGCCUCGCGUGCGCGUUACUAACACACAGCAACGCCUUUGUCGUCAUUAUCAGCGCGUGUAAACGCGGCCCGUUUAGCGUAACAGCGCCGUGCGGAGCGCUAAAUAAAGGCAUUUAGUGUCUGAUCGAAACGGAACUGACUGAAAAUAUGGCAGAGUUGCACGUUGAGUCCAGCGCGAUUGGCAUCAUCGAGCAGACCGAGCACUGUGAGAUCCGAGGCUCCGUGAGCGUGAGACUCCCCUCGCCUUCACUGCUGAUUCCGCCCCGGAGCGGCUUGUCCAGUCCAGGGGUCUCCGGCUCUAGAGCAGUGUUUGGGUUCCCUAUGAAGAGCAACCCCACUUCUCCAUCACCAGAAGCCACAGAGAAGCCUGGAUCUCGGUGGGUUCGGCUGAAUGUCGGGGGAACCUAUUUUGUUACAACGAAACAGACCCUGUGCAGAGAUCCUAAAUCAUUUUUGUAUCGAUUAUGUCAGGAAGAUCCAGAUCUGGAUUCGGAUAAGGAUGAGACAGGAGCAUAUUUGAUUGACAGGGAUCCCACAUAUUUCGGACCCAUCUUGAACUACUUGAGGCAUGGGAAGUUGAUCAUCAACAAGAACCUCGCUGAGGAGGGUGUUCUAGAGGAAGCAGAGUUUUACAACAUUGUGUCCCUGGUGAGGCUGGUGAAGGAGAGGAUACGAGACAAUGAAAACAGAACGUCUCAGGGCCCUGUGAAGCAUGUGUAUCGUGUAUUACAAUGUCAAGAGGAGGAGCUCACUCAGAUGGUUUCCACCAUGUCAGACGGAUGGAAGUUUGAACAGCUCAUAAGUAUCGGCUCCUCCUAUAACUACGGCAACGAGGACCAAGCCGAAUUUCUGUGCGUCGUUUCCCGGGAGCUCAACAACUCCACUAAUGGAAUUGUUAUCGAGCCCACCGAGAAGGCUAAGAUCCUUCAGGAGAGGGGGUCCAGGAUGUGAGGAACCUGGUGCCUGAGCCCACACAGAUCUCCCAUCCCUCACCUCCUCCUCCACCAUACAGCUGACUUCAAGUUCAUCAGACCACCACCUCACCCUCCCCUCCUCCCUUGUGCCUUUCCACUGUGGGGGUUUCAGUCCCCCUCCUCCUUUCAGUGCUGCAGCAUUAACCGAUCAGCACCACCACUAACUAUCAUCACUAAUCAGCUAAAAAUACAUUCGAGGUUAAACCUCAGACCACCACAUUUGAUGCAAGACCUGCUUAGAGAGAGGAUUACAGGGAAGGAUUUAUCAUUCAUCCUAAUGCUUAUUUAUGCAGACUUCAUCAUCAUCAUCCUCCUCAUAUCGCGGUCAUUAUCAUCAGAAUCUUUACAGCUGCUGGCUUUAAAUGUUUUAAGGGGGUUCAGCUGCCCCUGUUGGCUCGGCUGUGUCCAUAAUUUCCUCAGGACUUCCAAAUGGCGUGCAAGAUAGCCUCAUUUCUCUGACUGUCAAUACAGCUUCUCAUAACAGCCACAUUAACUUAUACUGUAAAUCAUUAGCAGCCAAAUGUGUAUCAUUUCAGCAUUCAUUUCCCAUUCCCUGGUCAGACCAAGAGCACAGCAGAUGGCACAAAGGAAAAAACGAAGACAGCAGCUUUUGAACAUGGAGUAUUUUAUCUUGAAAGUGGCAUGUUUCUUUUGUUAACUACCCAUUUGCGCAUCUGGAAAGGACCAGAGGACAAUAGAAAACUCAUACUGCCAGUUGUCCGGUCAGAUGCUCCAAAUCGCGUGUCCAUUACUGUGGAGAUGUCUCACAUUUCCGAGGCAUUCUGGUUGACUUCUGUCAUCCUGGAUUUUUUAUUGUUUUUGCCUUGUCGCUGUGACUAUUUCAAAAUAGGAAAUGAAAAAAAAAAAGAAAUAUGUGGUUUUAGGGCAUGUGAGGAUUAUGUAUAUUCAAACCAUAUGUAUUACGAAGAGGCCGAAUGCAAGUCAUGUAAUUGUUGAUAUCUGUACCACGGUGGUCGUUUUUUGUGUUUAUCAAAAUGAGUUUGUCUCUCUGAUUGGGGAAGGUUCUGAAUCGACCCCUAAUGUAUUUUAAUUUUUUUUUAAAGCCUGGUCGUUGAGAUGUGAAAUAGUUUGUUGUGUUUUUCCUUUAAACACUUUGCCGAUGACUGGAAAAAAAAACAAAAAAAAAAAACAAGAAACUUCUUGUAUAGAGGUGCAUAGCAUAGUCCAGGUGGUUCAGGAGACUGUUGUUGGACAAAGUGCCCGCAAGUUUUGAGUCAGGGCAAAACUGCAUUAGUAGCUCUUUGUUGCAUUUUUUUGACACUUUUCUGACAUUUUGAACUCCGAACUGACUCUCCCCUUAACAUUAUGGCUAUUUAACUGUUUAACUCAUUUUUGUUUUAAGUCUGAUCACGUCAGUGGAAUGCUUUUGAAUGUAUUUUGACACUUUUCUGACAUUUGAAAUUCAGAUCUAACUCUCCCCGUAACAUUUUGGGUAUUUAACGGUUUAACUCAUUUUUGUUUGAAGUCUGAUCACGUCAGUGGAACAUUUUUGAAUGUAAAGGAGGGCUCCAUUUAUUAAGGUUUUUCAUUUCAAAAUCGAAUAUAAUUUCCGGCAAAACAUUUUAUGUUUGGUUCAUUAAAAUAUUGAACCAGUGGCCCUCAUUGUUUAACCCAAUCCAGCAGCAGAUAAACUUGAUCUCCUCCUAUUUCUUUUAUGAUUACAUCGUGGUUUCUCUGGAUCUGCUGUGACUACAUCACACAUUGUCAGUAUUUGAAAGGUAUCUGUAGUUUGGUUAUUCGGUUCUUGAUAUCUAUUGAUGAAAUAUUGUUGAAUCUUGGGGUCAUUUUAAGACUUUAGGUGACGUUUUUAUGGUCAGCAGUGUUUUGAAGUGUUGUCUCUUCUCUCUAAAUACAUUUAAUUUUUUUUUUUACCUCUAUAUACCGCUAAACUCAUGUCUUUGGUUUAUCAUAUCAAGAAGGCAAAGUACUUGAGUUUGUGAGAUACUUGGUGGUUGUUGGCUUUCCCUUUCUUCUGUUGUGUUAAUGUUUUCCCCCUCCUGGAGAGUUUAUUUGUUCAGCCCCAAUUAUUAGUCAUUGAAGCUCCUGUAAUGGGACCUUGGCUCUCUCACAGGAUCCUAUUGUACAUUCCCAUUGUUCAAAUAGGUUUCAGGUCUGAUUUCAAAGAAAAAUCCUGGAUUCAAAACUAGGUUCAGACUAGAUUCUUUCUGCGUCCAAAUUUUUUGUCUAGUGUUGUGCCUUUGACCUGUCAUGCCCUUCAUGUCUUCUUCACUCUUCUUUAAAUCUAGAUGGUUGGGAAAUGGUGUUUGUUUUAUGUUUGUUUUGACUGUCUGUUCCUUGACUCAGAUACUGGCUGUACCCGCUUCCCCUGAGUUUGUUAUUGUUCUUGUUUCAGUGGUUCAUCUGUAUUUAGCUUUUCCACUCCUACCCUAUGCACUUUUCAGUUAGCACCUACCUGCAUUAUAAUGUUUUCACUGUGUGGAUUUUUUUUUUUGAUUCUGUUCUAUUUUUAAGAGUCGAACCCCAUGCGAGGCAGAAGUAAAUGUCAUGGGCAGUCUCAUGAUUUAUUCGAGACCGUUCAGGAAACUGAUAUGGACGUCACAUUGACUGCUGAUGCUUUAAGCGCUUGAGAUUAUGAGACUUCUGUGUGUCUCCUUUUCCUUAGAAAUCUACCAUUAGGACUUGUACCCCAUCUUGUUUAAGAUCAAACAAAAAGAUAUAUAAAUAAAUAUAUUUUCUUUUGUAAAUAAUGAUAAAAAAAAAAAACAGGAGGUUGGUUUUUUGGAAUGCCAACUCGGAAGCAUGCAAUAUGUUGAGUAUAUAAUGUUAUAUGCUGGGAUGUUGUCAUAUUGUGAAGGUGAACUGGUGCAUGGACAGCUGACAGAUGGUAUUAAUAAUAUUAAUAAAAAUAUGGUCCUAUUUUAACUGUUAUGUACAGAAAUUGAUCAAAUCAAACUGAGUACUAUUGGAAAACCUUGCUUGCUAAGGCUAAAUAUGCUCAUGCAACACGCCAUGCAUCCGAUAAAACUAAAAUAUAGCUUUUCAGUGUUUUCGAGCUGGCCAAAAGUGCAGACCUCUGUCAUAACUUCAGAUAAAAGUUAAAAACAUGGUCCAUGUUUAACAUAAGAGUUGUUUUUUUCCCUGCCAUAAUAGCCUACAACACCUGCAUGCUUUAAUAUACAGUACACACACAAUUUAACAUGCUAAAAACCUGCUCUUUCAUCAGAUGUUUUGGGUGUAUUGCAUUGUCAACAGUAUUAUUGUAAAGUGUCAAAUAUGUCACUAGGCUAUGGAGAUUGUGGAGCUAAGUGUUCUGGAAAUGAAUAGUCCUGAUCAGGCUGUCCUUUUCAACAAAAAAAAAAGUUUUUUUUUUUAUUAUUAUUUUUUUUAUUAUUGUCUUCUGAUGCAGUUUCUUGCAAUGUACAGAGUGCAAAAUGAUAAUGUAUGAUUUUUAUCAUAAAAUGUGUUUGUGUUUCA